CUCGCGCGCCUCUGCGCUGGUGCGCUUGAGUCUCUCUGGAGUGCCGCUGAGCCUAGGCAGCGCUUCCCCGCCAAGCACUCACCGCACGGCGGGCGGCCGCCAAGAUGCAGGCCCCGCACAGGGAGCACCUGUACAAGCUGCUGGUGAUCGGCGACCUGGGUGUGGGCAAAACCAGCAUAAUCAAGCGCUACGUGCACCAGAACUUCUCUUCGCACUACCGGGCCACCAUCGGUGUGGACUUCGCACUCAAGGUACUCCACUGGGACCCUGAGACAGUGGUGCGCCUGCAGCUCUGGGACAUCGCAGGUCAAGAAAGAUUUGGAAAUAUGACAAGAGUCUAUUACCGAGAAGCUAUGGGUGCAUUUAUUGUCUUUGAUGUCACCAGGCCAGCCACAUUUGAAGCAGUGGCAAAGUGGAAAAACGAUUUGGACUCAAAGUUAACUCUCCCUAAUGGCAAACCAGUUUCAGUGGUUUUGUUGGCCAACAAAUGUGAUCAGGGGAAGGAUGUACUCUUGAACAAUGGCCUCAAGAUGGACCAGUUCUGCAAGGAGCAUGGUUUCGUGGGAUGGUUUGAAACAUCAGCAAAGGAAAAUAUAAACAUUGAUGAAGCCUCCAGAUGCCUGGUGAAACACAUACUUGCGAACGAGUGUGACCUAAUGGAAUCUAUAGAGCCAGAUGUCGUGAAACCUCAUCUCGCAUCACCCAAGGUUGUCAGCUGUUCCAGCUGUGCCAAAUCCUAGGAGGCUCCUUUGCUGGUGUGUGAUAGGAGUAAUCCUAUCAUUCCAUGAAUUGUGCCUCGUUUUUAUCAUUUCGGAUAAAUGUCAGGAUAGGGAAACACAUGUGGCAAGCCAAAGACCUAUGCCCACCAUAUCCUUCCUAGGAGAGAGAAAUAGCAAACGUUCUUUUAAUGUUUUCCCACCAUCGGCAGUGUUUACAAGAUUUUAAAAUAUUUAGUCUGCUACAAAAUUCUGUCAGAUGGCUGGCCAAAAUUCUGCAGGGCCAAUGUCAGCCCUUUUAUUUGCUUCUUUAAAUCAACCAAGGCCUGAGUCUUAGAAGGGGGAGAAGAGCAAACGGGCUGUCAAGUCGAGCACUGGCUUUCACCUUGUCCCUGAUGUCUUUGUCUGGAUUUCAAUACAUCCUUGAUGGUCUGACAGGCCUGUUAAGUAAAAACUGUAUUUUUUCCCAGAGAUGACCUCCGUUCUCUACAGACCUAAGAGUUCUCUGAUUUGCUCUUCGGAGUCACGUACAUGGGCUUCCUGCGCUUUUGUUGCCUUUGUUGUCAUUUGCCAUGCCCUGAAUGUGGGUUUAACUGAAAACUGUGUGAAAAGACCUGCUCCCUGCAUGCGCCUUUUGUUAACUUUCUCUGACUCAAGCUGUGGGACCAUUCUGUACAUGUAAUGUAUAUUAUAUAUAUUUUCACAAGUGAAUAAUAAAACAUGAAAAGAUGCUG